AUGUAUUUCGUAAAUAAAAUUACGAUACUCCUUGUUGGAAUUACUCUUAUUGCUAAAAUAGAGACAAUUGGCGCAGACAAAUACGAUGAAGAAGUGAAUAUAGAUCUCAAAUAUAAUAGACAUGAAAAAAGACCCAAAAGAUCAGAAAACGCAGUAGAGAACAUGACAACAACAGAAGUAACACCACUAGAGAACGUAACAGAAGAAUGUGUGGGACAAAAGGAAUUUUGUAACUUAACUCGAGAGGAAUACGUCACAAUGUUGAAUGAUUAUAUUUAUCCGCAUACGUACGAAUGGGUUCUGAUUGGCACGCACACUCUGGUAUUUAUUACGGGAUUGACGGGAAAUGCUUUAGUGUGUGUUGCUGUGUAUAGAAAUCACAGUAUGAGAACUGUGACGAACUAUUUCAUUGUAAACCUGGCUGUGGCGGAUUUUAUGGUUAUCCUCUUUUGUUUGCCUGCCACCGUUCUAUGGGAUGUCACUGAGACCUGGUUCCUGGGAGAUGUGCUGUGCAAAAUGCUGCUGUAUUUCCAGUCAGUAUCAGUGACGGUGUCAGUUCUGACGCUGAGCUUCAUCUCCGUGGACCGCUGGUACGCCAUCUGCUUCCCGCUCAAGUUCAAGUCCACCACAGGACGCGUCAAGACCGCCAUACUUGUUAUAUGGGCGGUGGCUUUGACUUUCAAUGCUCCAGAGCUGGUAGUACUAACCACAGAAAAGUCAGUACCUCUACGCUUUGAGCUAGAAUACCUAGUCCAGUGCAUCGCAACAUGGUCUUCAAAUAGCGACCUUGUGUGGCACAUCAUUAAAGUCAUUAUCAUUUACACACUUCCACUAUUGCUGAUGACCGUGGCGUAUUACCAGAUUGUGAAGGUGCUAUGGCGAUCAGACAAGAUACCGGGACAAGCAGAAACUAUCAAGUUAGCACCGGCUGAACAAUCUCAACUGCGUUCCAGAAGGAAGGCAGCGAAGAUGUUGGUGGCCGUGGUCAUCAUGUUUGCUGUCUGCUAUUUCCCUGUCCACCUUCUGUCAGUGCUCAGAUACACCCUUGACAUGGAACAGUCGGAUGUGAUCACCUGUCUCGCUCUGAUCUCCCAUGUGAUGUGCUACGCGAAUUCUGCCAUCAAUCCUUUGAUCUACAACUUUAUGAGUGGAAAAUUCCGUCGUGAAUUUCGUCGAGCGUUCUGCUGUUCAACGGCGAGUGAUUUAGAGACCUUCACAACUUUGACCCGCAUCACGACCUCAAAGAAGCGACCCUGUGACCUUAUGACCUUUGAAACUAAAGCCCAGGGUCGAAAUGUGUGUAACACUACCUUUAUUCACAGUAGUUAUAAGGAUAGAUACAUACAAACAUAA